GCUUGUCAUAACAGUCUCUAAAGCUUCGCGAUGAGGUUGUGUCUCUGCGCGAUUGUUGUCCUUGCGCUGCUCGCCGCCAGCCCUGGAUAUGUAUCCGCGCGUUUGUCAAGAAUACUUCCACAACCCUACGUCGAGGGCGAUGAGGGCGUGACAGUUAAGGGAGAAUGCGAAUUUAAGGUCAAUGGUGAUCUGAAUGAUCCAGUGCCGCUCUUUUCGCGUCAUAGCUCUUUCGAAUUGAUCGUUCCUGAUCCCACGGAUGCCGUGCGUUUAGUCAAUGGGGAACUCCUGGAUAUGUUUUGUCCGGGCGCGGGUUUCGCGGCUCCCUUUGAGAACCGCUCUCAGGUGACGGCCCAGUGUCUGCAGCAGAAAUACUUCCUGGUGGAUGGACUCAUCUAUCCGUUUAUAAACUUCACCUGCGCUGACUGGCCCACUUUCACCGCCCUUCGCACCGGCAGGGAGUGCAACGGAGGCACAGAUCUGGUACAAGUGGGGUUCGCGCUGGAGGAUGGUGGCUUUUUGCAGACCUACGAUGUUUGUCACGACGAAGAGUCGGAAGUCACGCGCUAUGUGCAUCAUGUGCUAUAUCCCUCCAGCUACGACUAUCAGCAUGGAGUCGGCCGACCAAGCUUUAUCGAGCUGGACUUUUACGGAGGACGUGAUGUGAACACGAAGUAUACUCAGGUGCAGCAGAACAUUACCAUAAGCGAAAUCCUGGGCCUCGAUGCCUCGCACUACUUCAACUAUACUGAGGAUCGCAUCCUGGCCCGGGGCCACAUGACUGCCAAGACGGACCACAUAUUUGCAGCCCCUCAGAGAUCCACUUUUCUCUUCAUCAAUGUCGCUCCCCAGUGGCAGAGCUUUAACGGAGGAAACUGGGAGCGGGUGGAGUCGAGUGUCCGCAAGUUUGUGGCCGAUCGCAAUAUUACCACGGACUGUUAUACGGGCACGUGGGGAGUAUCCACACUGCCAGAUGUGGACGGCAUCGAAAAGGAGCUCUAUCUGGACUUCGAUGAGAACAACAACGGCUUGAUCCCCGUGCCAAUGCUGUACUUCCGUGUCAUCAUCGACCGGGAGAGUCGCGAGGGCAUUGUCCUCGUCGGAGUUAACAAUCCGUAUGCCAGUCUGGACAAAAUAGAAAGCGACUAUGUCCUGUGUGAGGAUAUUGGGCAUCAGCUGAGCUGGGUGUCCUGGUACAAGGAAGAUCUGCACGAGGGCUACUCGUACGCUUGCACUGUUGAGGAUUUCACGAACGUGGUCAAGGACCUCCCGCUGGGCGAUCUUCAAACGAACGGUGUCCUGGGCCUGGACGACCUGACGACGGUUGCCCCUUCUACAACAACGGAAGAUAAUGGAAGCACAACCCCGCCAGAUUCAACUACAGAUCUACCAAGUUCAACCACUGAUCUCUCAACCCCUGCUGCUUCGUCAACAACAGAACCACCAGUUUCUUCUACAACUGAUCUUCCUAGCUCAACUACAGUAUCUCCCACCUCAGAACCUGCAUCAACUACAGUAUCUCCCACCACAGAAACAGACUCAACUACAGCCAUUCCCACCACAGAACCUGCAUCAACUACAGUAUCUCCCUCCACAGAACCCGCAUCAACCACAGUACCUCCUACCACAGAACCUGCAUCAACUACAGUAUCUCCCACCUCAGAACCUGCAUCAACCACAGCCAUUCCCACAACAUCUUCCCCACCUGUAACCUCCAGCACCACUCCCACUCCCACGCCCCCCCAAUGCCAGUUCAACAUAAAUGGCGGUCUUAAGGACCCUGCUCCAUUGCUGACACCCCAGGGAGCUCUUAGCUGGCUCCUGCCCGAUGAACGCGGUGUGUACGCGGUGGACGAAGGAUCCUCCAUUGAUUUGCACUGUACAGGAGCCCUGGCCAGCCCCUUGAAUCGAUACACGGCUGUCACGGCUCGCUGUGUAGGUGAUCAGAUGUACGAGGCAGAGGAUCAGAAGUUGAACAUUCGAGGUUUCGUUUGCCAAAGCUGGCCCACAUACGAGGCGCAGCGAUCGGGAGAGGCCUGCGAGGGAGGAACAGAUCUAGUACAGAUCGGGUUCGAUGUGGCCGCUGGUGUGCUUCCCCAGCUGGAGAUCUGUUACGAUGCAGACGCACAGAUCACUCGAUAUGCGAGGUACGAGCUGACACCAGCGAACGUGGCCUACCAACGGGGCGUCGCCCAACCGGGCUAUCUGAGAGGGGACUUUUACGCCACCGGAAAGGACGUGAACCUUCUGUACGGUCAGACCAAUCAGCUGGAGGCGUUUAGUGACGCCCUGGGGCUGGAUGCCAGCCAGUACUUUGACAGCUCUCGCGAUCUCUAUCUGACGCGAGGACAACUGGCAGCUAGACACGACUUCGUGCACGGAUCAGCCCAGAGAGCCACCCACUUCUACGUGAAUGCUGUCCCGCAGUGGAGGAGUGCCAGCAUUGGCAACUGGCUGGCGGUGGAGUCUAGUCUGCGUCAGUUUGUGGCGGAUCGAUCCCUCAAUGUGAGCGUGUUUGCCGGCAGUUGGGGGAUCUCUACCUUGCCAAACGUGGAGGGGACUCAAACGGAUCUCUAUCUGAAUGCUGACACAAAGCAACUCCAAGUUCCCAAAAUACUCUAUCGCAUAGUCAUCGAUCAGGAGAGUCGGCGUGGAAUCGCCCUGGUGGUGGUCAACAAUCCGCACAUCUCCUUGGACGAAACCCUUCAGGACUAUGUAAUCUGCGAGGAUGUGGGUGCGCAGUUGGACUGGCUGGACUGGCAGAAGGCUGAUCUCCUGCAGGGCUACUCCUACGCCUGCGCAGUGGAGGACCUUACCAAUGUGGUCAAGGAUUUGCCCCUGGAUCAGCUGCACACCACGGGUAUUCUGGGUCUCAGUGAGCAGUCUCUGGCAGAUGAGCUCUGCAGCUUUCGUGUGAACGGGGACCUCAAGGAUCCGGCUCCGCUCUUCGUGAUUCGCAACAAGUUGGGUGAGGCCCGCUAUCUGGAGCCAAACUUGGAGGGCUUAGCCCAGCUCAAACAUGGUGAGGCGUUGGAGCUGCACUGCCUCAAGAACUUCGUGGCACCAUUCGUGGGAUACAGUCGCUUGACGGUCACGUGCUGGCAGGAGCAGAGCUUCCUGCUUCUGGGCAGUCUGUAUCAGCUGCAGGACUUUGUCUGCCCCUCCUGGCCGAGUUAUACUGCUCGGCGAACCACUCGUCAGUGCAACGGAGGCACAGAUCUGCUGGAAGUGGGCUUCCAGCUGUCCUCUGAUGACGAUUUCCUUCAAACCUAUGAUGUCUGCCACGAUGAGCUGGCCGAGGUGACUCGCUAUGUCCAUCACGUGCUCCAUCCGGGCAGUGCGCAGUACCAGCGGUCCGUGGCAAGACCCAGCUUUGUUACGGGCGACUUUUACGACGGCAAGAACGUCAACCAGAUGUACACCCAAGUGCAGCAGAACAUCACUGUCAGUGAGAUCCUGGGCCAGGAUGCCUCGCCAUACUUCAACAUCAGCGGGAAUGUGUACCUGGCCCGCGGACACCUCUCGGCCAAGACGGACUUCGUCUUUGGGGCCGCUCAGAUGGCCAGCUUCCUUUUCGUGAACGUGGCCCCUCAGUGGCAAACCUUCAAUGCCGGGAACUGGGAGCGCAUCGAGGACAGUGUGAGGAAGUUUGUGGCCGAUCAAAACAUCACAGUGGAUUGCUACACAGGCACUUGGGGUGUUUCCACCUUGCCCGAUGUCGCAGGCGUUGAGCGGGAGCUCUAUCUGAACUUCGACGAGAACAACAAUGGAUUGAUCCCCGUUCCAAAGUUGUACUUCCGAGUGAUUAUCGAUCGGGAGAGCAGGAAGGGCAUUGUCUUGAUCGGCGUGAACAACCCGCAUGCUGAUCUCGAGCAAAUCGAACAGGAAUACAUCAUUUGCGAGGACAUUGGCCAGCAAUUGACUUGGGUCAGUUGGACCAAGGAGGAUCUGAAGAAAGGUUACUCCUAUGCCUGCGCAGUGGAAGAUUUCACGGCGGUUGUCAAGGACCUGCCACUGGAUGAUCUGCAGGUGAACGGAGUGCUGGGGAUCUGAGAGCUACGAAAGUUCACUCAAUUCUUUGAGAGAAAUGAGUUCGAAAUAUCACGAAUUUCUUAAUUUAUAACCAAUAAUACUAUAAUACUAAUACAAUAAUACAAGUACUUAAUAUCAAUGUUGUUUUGGCUGCACGAA